GCCAGCCCAACGCGCCGCUGCCAGAUAAUGUGCGGGGCAGCUCCUCGCUAGCAGGCUUGCCCAAGCAGGCGGCAUGGCUCCGAAGCGCCGAGCGGAGUCCGGCGGCGUGUGGCUGCGGGCGGGAGCCUGCCUCUUGGCCUGGGCGGCCGUUUGCCGCGUCCGGGCGAGCGCUUGCCCCACACCGUGCGCCUGCAGCGGCACCACGGUAGACUGUCACGGGCUGGGGCUCCGCGCUAUUCCUAAGAACAUCCCGAGGAGCGCAGAGAGGCUGGAACUGAAUGGAAACAAUAUCACUCGGAUCAGUAAACAUGACUUUGCUGGGCUGAAGCAGCUGAGAGUUCUGCAGCUGAUGGAAAACCAGAUUAACAUGGUGGAACGAGGAGCGUUUGACGACAUGAAAGAACUAGAACGACUACGGCUAAAUAGGAACCAGCUGCACACUUUGCCAGAGCUCCUCUUCCAGAAUAACCAAGCAUUGUCACGACUAGACCUGAGUGAGAACCUUCUUCAGGCUGUGCCCAGAAAGGCAUUCCGUGGAGCCACUGAUCUCAAGAAUUUGCAGCUGGACAAGAACCAUAUAAGUUGCAUUGAAGAAGGGGCCUUUCGUGCUCUCCGUGGGCUGGAAGUAUUGACUUUGAACAACAACAAUAUCAGCUCCAUACCCAUCUCCAGCUUCAACCAUAUGCCCAAACUGCGUACUUUCCGCUUGCACUCCAAUCAGCUGAUCUGUGAUUGUCAUUUGGGUUGGCUUUCCCAGUGGCUCCGCCAGCGACCUACUAUUGGCCUCUUCACACAAUGUGCUGGUCCUCCAUCCCUUCGUGGUCUAAAUGUUGCAGAAAUCCAAAAGAACGAAUUCAGCUGCUCAGGCCAAGAUGAUGCUACCAGAACUCAUAUCUGCAGUUUUUCAUCUGGGUCCUGUCCUGCCAUGUGUACUUGUAGCAACGGCAUUGUAGAUUGUCGUGGCAAAGGUCUAACAGCUAUCCCUGCCAAUUUACCAGAAACCAUGACAGAGAUACGUCUGGAACUCAAUGGCAUCAAGUCCAUUCCCCCUGGAGCCUUCUCAUCAUACAAGAAACUGCGUAGGAUAGACCUCAGCAACAAUCAGAUUUCAGAAAUUGCACCUGAUGCCUUCCAAGGCCUCCGUUCACUCAACUCUCUAGUCUUGUAUGGGAACAAGAUCACAGAGUUGCCCAAAGGAGUAUUUGGGGGCCUCUAUGCACUACAACUACUGCUACUGAAUGCCAACAAGAUUAACUGCAUUCGGGCAGAUGCCUUUGCUGACCUGCAGAACCUCUCACUGCUCUCUCUUUAUGACAACAAGAUCCAGACCCUGGCGAAAGGCACUUUUGCCACCUUGCGUGCCAUCCAGACACUCCAUCUGGCCCAGAACCCCUUUAUUUGCGACUGCAACCUGAAGUGGCUGGCAGACUUCUUGCGUGCCAAUCCUAUUGAGACAAGUGGUGCUCGUUGUGCCAGUCCCCGGCGUUUGGCCAACAAGCGCAUUGGACAGAUCAAGAGCAAGAAAUUCCGCUGUUCCCCCAAGGAACAAUACUUCAUUCCAGGUACGGAGGAUUAUCAUUUGAACAGUGAAUGCCAUAGUGAUGUGGUUUGCCCUGCCAAGUGCCGUUGUGAAGCCAAUGUGGUGGAGUGUUCCAAUCUGAGGCUGACAAAGAUCCCAGAGCGCCUCCCACAGGCUACUGCUGAAUUACGCCUGAAUAACAAUGAAAUCACAGUGGUGGAGGCGACAGGUAUCUUCAAGAAACUUCCACACUUAAAGAAAAUAAAUUUGAGCAACAACAAAGUCUCAGAGAUCGAGGAUGGAGCCUUUGAGGGGGCAGCCUCAGUGAGUGAGUUACAUUUGACUGCUAACCAGCUAGAGUCAGUGCGCAGCUCCAUGUUCCGAGGCUUGGAUGGGAUACGGACACUGAUGCUGAGGAACAAUCGCAUCAACUGUAUUCACAAUGACAGCUUCACUGGGCUGCGCAAUGUCCGCCUUCUCUCCUUGUAUGACAAUCAGAUCAGCAUUAUUUCACCAGGGGCUUUUGAUACAUUGCAGUCUCUUUCUACUCUGAACCUACUGGCUAACCCCUUCAAUUGCAAUUGCCAUCUGGCCUGGCUGGGUGAUUGGCUUCGCAAGAGGAAGAUUGUGACUGGGAAUCCACGCUGCCACAAUCCAGAUUUUCUGCGCCAAAUCCCACUGCAGGAUGUUGCCUUCCCCGACUUCAGGUGUGAGGAAGGUCAGGAGGAGACCAUCUGUUUCCCACGUCCUCAGUGCCCCCAGGAGUGCACCUGCCUAGACACAGUAGUUCGCUGUAGCAAUAAGCACCUGAAAAGCCUUCCAAAAGGGAUACCCAAGAAUGUUACUGAGCUCUAUUUGGAUGGCAACCAAUUCAUCCUUAUUCCCGGACAACUUUCCACCUUCCGUUACUUGCAGCUGGUAGACCUGAGCAACAAUAAGAUCAGCUUCCUCAGCAACAAUUCCUUCACCAAUAUGAGCCAACUGACCACUUUGAUCCUCAGCUACAAUGCGCUGCAGUGUAUCCCCUCACUAGCCUUUGAAGGUCUCCAUUCACUACGGCUGCUGUCUCUUCAUGGAAAUGAUAUCUCCACGCUCCCUGAAGGGAUCUUUGCUGAUGUUACUUCCCUAUCUCAUCUAGCAAUUGGUGCCAACCCCCUGUAUUGUGAUUGCCACAUGCGCUGGCUGUCCAGCUGGGUCAAAACUGGCUACAAAGAACCUGGCAUUGCCCGUUGUGCUGGUCCUGCAGAUAUGGAAGGCAAACUUCUGCUCACAACUCCAGCUAAGAAGUUUGAAUGCCAGGGGCCUCCCCUACCGAUCAUCCAGGCCAAGUGUAACCCCUGUCUCUCCAAUCCCUGCCAAAACAGGGGCAGUUGUCAAAGAGAUCCUCUGGGCUCCUAUCACUGUGUCUGUCCCAGUGGUUAUAAGGGCAAAUACUGUGACCUAUCUGUUGAUGGUUGCUCCGACAGACCCUGUGACAAUGGUGGGACCUGCCUGUCUCAAGAAGGAGAUGGAGCCAGCUUUAAAUGUGCUUGUGUGGAUGGAUUUGAAGGUCCAAGAUGUAAUCUGAAGAUGAAUAGUUGCAACAAGAGUUGCAAGAAUGGGGGCACAUGUGUUAAUGGGUCCACUAACCACACAUGCUUGUGCUUACCCAUCUAUACAGGGACAUAUUGUGAACAGCUGAUGGAUGUAUGUUCCCCUGAGUUCAGCCCCUGCCAGCAUAAUGCCAUAUGUAGAGUCUCCCUUGAUGGACCCAAGUGUGAAUGUAUGCCUGGCUAUGCGGGAGAUAAUUGCAGUGUGGACUACAAUGACUGCUUAGACCACCAAUGCCAGAACAAUGCCAAAUGUUUUGAUGAACCAAAUGGUUAUUCCUGUCUUUGCACUGGUGGUUUCAGUGGUCAGCUCUGUGAGAUCCCACCCCAUGGCUCCUUUCAGUCCAGUCCCUGUGAGAGAGUGGAGUGCCAAAAUGGUGCCAACUGUGUGGAAUUAGGCAAUCGUGCCUUAUGCCAGUGCCUUCCUGGCUUUGGUGGGCUCAAAUGCGAGAAGCUACUGAGUGUCAAUUUUGUGGAUAGGGACACAUACCUACAAUUCACGGACUUACAGAAUUGGCCCACUGCCAAUAUUACUCUGCAGGUCUCCACAGCUGAAGAUAAUGGGAUUCUAUUGUAUAACGGGGACACUGACCACAUGGCAGUGGAACUUUAUCAAGGCCAUGUGCGUGUCAGCUAUGAUCCAGGCAGUUACCCUAGCUCAGCUCUUUAUAGUGCAGAGACCAUCAAUGAUGGACAGUUCCAUACAGUGGAACUGGUAACAUUUGAGCGGAUGGUAAACCUAUCUAUCGAUGGAGGUGAUCCCAUGACCAUGGAUAGCUUUGGCAAGGCCCACACUCUGAAUUCUGAGGCUCCACUCUAUGUGGGGGGCAUGCCAGUGGAUGUGAAUUCUGCUGCCUUCCGACUUUGGCAAAUCUUGAAUGGUUCCAGCUUCCAUGGAUGUAUCCGCAAUUUAUACAUCAACAAUGAAUUACAAGACUUUACUAAGACUCAGAUGAAACCAGGAGUUGUUCCUGGUUGUGAACCUUGCCGCAAGCUCUAUUGCAUGCAUGGCAUUUGCCAACCCAACACUGCUCAUGGACCCAUUUGUUACUGUGAGUCAGGCUGGACUGGCCCCCAUUGUGACCAGCCCAUUACUAACCCUUGCCAGGGACACAAGUGUGAACAUGGAAUCUGUAUGCCUCUUGAUGCACUUUCCUAUAGUUGCCAGUGCCAAGAUGGUUACAAAGGAGCCUUGUGCAAUCAGGAAGUUGAACUGCGUAACCCAUGCAAGAGCUUGGAGUGUGUUCAUGGUCAGUGCCAGAUCUCAGAUGCAGGAGAGGCCUAUUGUGAAUGCAACUCAGGAUUUGAUGGGGAUUUCUGUGAUCAAGAAUCAGAGUGUCGGGGAGAGGCUGUGCGAGAUUUCCAUCAAGUCCAGCGAGGUUAUGCCAUUUGCCAGACAACACGCCCAGUCUCCUGGAUGGAUUGCCAGGGAUCAUGCCCAGGACUAAGCUGCUGUGGAGGACUGCGUCUUAAGCGCAAGAAAUAUACCUUUGAGUGCAGCGAUGGCUCAUCCUUUGUGGAGGAAGUGGAAAAACCUAGCAAAUGUGGCUGUUCCCAUUGCAUGUAGUCUCUGGUGAAGGGCAGGCCAUAGCCAGAGACCUAGGGGUGAGACCUGCCCUAGCAGAAGCUUUGGGAACAGUCAGGAAUCUGAGCAGUUCCUUUAUUAUGGUCAUGGUGGUUAUUCAGGACAGAAGAGACAAAGGUGUAGAUAAAAGUGGUUUGUUUGUUGUUGUUUUUGCUGGCAAAUCCAGCUGAACAAAUGUAUUUAUAUCCAGCACGGAUUCUACCUGGGGCCACUGAUUGGGCACACCAUGGAUUCUUACUGAAGAUCUCUACAAUUGUUUUUGCUGCCCAUUGUAAUGUCCUAAGAACCAUGCCCAUGGGUCAUGCCUGGCCUCAGGAACCAGUCAUUUUGUAUCUUUUGUACCUUAACUGGAAUCUCCUAGCUGCACCAUGCCUUUUUUUCUUCUGUUGGCCAAUUCUACUUUUUCUCUUAUCGAGUAGCUUCUCUUAUUCUCAUUCUUAGUACCUGCUCAUGGUAACUUCACCUUCUGUUUAUGGGGCUAAAUUGCAAGCAGUACAGUGACCAGGAGCAAAGGGAACAUUGUUACAAGACUAGAAAAGAAAAAAAUACUUAAGAAAUUGAGGAAGGAAUUGUUGCUGCCUACAGCUUAAUGGUUAUAAGACACUGAGGAAUAAAAACAGCUUAGACAUGCAAUUGCAUUGUAGUCAUUACUUGAAAGCUGCCUUCAUUUAUUAAUAAUUUAAAAAAACAGAAUGGCUGAACUGAUAAGGGCCCCCGAUAUCUAUGCAACCCUAAAACACCCAUAUCAGAACCAUUGGCAUUACUAUUGCUGUACUGUUGCAAUUUGAUGCUAACUUAUUCAGAAGUAAAACUUACUCAAUUCCAUGGAAUUUAAUUUCUAAAUAAGAUUGUGAUUACAUGAAGGCUAAAGAACCUGGGCUACAAACUGCAGGUCUGCUGACAGGAAAGAAAAGGACAUCCAAUUCUUGUUGCAACUGCCACAAUCAUUUCUUUGAUCCUUUACUCUUAUCAGUCUUCUAUACCAUAAAAUCAUUUUUACUACAUAUCACUUGAUUAUUGUAACAAAUAAGUUUGCAUUGAUCGAAGAUGUCAGCUCUACCGUUCAUUGCUACCACCUAUAGAAUAACCUUGUUCACACCAAUCAUUAUUCAUGGAAGAAAGAUGAACAGCAUGUAUCUCUUGCAUUCAGCUUAUUGUAUUAUUUUUCAGCCCUGCAAUAGGAUGCAGCAGGCCUUCCCAUAAAAUAGAACACUUGUCUUUCUGUAAAUGAGAGAGGAAUGAGAUUGGGACUUCGCUGCAUCCACUGGGAAUAAGAUGGAGCAAGGCAUUUAAAAUAAAAUAAGAUCCCUGCUUGAGAGAAGGCUUUUGUGGAGUACUUUAACUGCAGGAACAAUUUGCUCAAGGUUUCUUAUCAGUAAAUGAAUUCUGUUUGUACUUCUUACAAUUAGUUGACAUGUACAAGUAAUACUAGUAACUUUAAGUUACAAAAACAAAGCAGAUUUUCUGUAUUACUGAAGACCCAAAUUUUAUAAAAAUUGGCCAUCUCUCUCUCUCUCUCAUGCACAUACACAGACACAAAUUAAACACUUGCAGUUUAUUUGCAUAAUUUAUUUUGCUGCUGGUUGGGAAAAGCAAGGAUGUCUAUUAGACAUCAGGGCUGCUAGUUCCAAAUUAUAUUGUGAUUAUUUUCUGUCAUGUUGUAACUAACUUCAGGGGGUUCUAAAGCCAAAAGCUUUCCAAGUUGAUUUGUUUCUUGGCACACCGGUUUGCAAAAUGACAUUCUUUCUCAUUGAACUUUUCUCCAUUCAUAUGGUUGAUGCAUCUAGGGAUGUAGUUUGCCAUUGCUUCUAUUCUCAGGAUGCCAGAACCAAGAGAGUUGCUGCAACCUUGCCGAUGGUUACCUGGUCAUAAGGCAGAUGGCUUGGACUUUUAAAGUAGUCCCUACUCAUCCUAUCACAGGGCCAAUUUUCUGUUGCAUUAGCAUUUUGUACAACUGUGUUCACCCCCAAUUCACCAUAUCGUCCUGACCCUGCCAUUCAUGAUUGGUGACUCCUUUUUUUAUUAUACUAUAUUCCAUUUAUAUUGUAGUUAACCAGUAUAUCUGCAGGCUAUCACACUAUUUGCCCUUGUGGGUGCAUCCUUGUCUUUCCAUGUAUGGAUCCUACUAAUAGAAAUUAUUUAUCCUUUUCCAGCUUUUAAAACCUCAUCGGAUAGUAGACAUAAAAAAUAACCCUGCUGGAUUGAGAAAAGGCCCCCUUUAAUGCAGCAUUUUGUUUCUCAUGGAGGCUACUCAAAUGCAACUGGAUGCUUGGAAGUAGGAAAUGGAGGUACUGGAUGCACCUUUCUGGCCAUUGUUCCCCUGCAACGUAUAUCUAAAGGCCUGCUCCCUGUGCCCUGGAAGUAACCUUGGGACCUGACACUAAUUCCCGAUACCUUUAUAGCACAGUGAUGUUACGUUCUUUUAAGUCACCUUGAGGGCUUAUUCAAAUAUUAAAUAAGCUCAUGGUAGGUAUUAUCUGGCAGCAGCCUUGCAAGAAUGCAGUUAUUAAGCAAUCACAGUCUGAUGCAAGCUUUGAGGCCUUAAACUCUACCAAUGUUCUUGUUUCCAAGACAACCUCAGCCAGGUGUCUGUUUGAAACUUAUGACUUUUUUUUUUUUUACAAAAGGUUCCGCUAGAAAGGUAACUCUGGCACUAGCUUGAGAGCAUGUGACACGUGCGAUCUCAAGGUAACCGUUUCUAAAACAUCAGAUUUUAUUGUACAGCAGUUUCAGUAAGAUAGUCCCGAGGGUGAAAUAGAUUACUAUAAGUGUAGGCAUGGUGUCCAUUAAACUGGCAGUAAUAAAGAAAAAGCAAUAAUAAAGCCAUCUUCUACUUCCUGUGGGGAUAUGCAGGAAGCUAGGGAGUGAUUACUUAGUGAGUUCUUGCAGAAGCUCCUUUUCAAGGUACAUAGAAUUAUCUCUGUGUAUGAGCUUGUGCCUAUAUUCUCUGGCUUACUUUGGGACUUGUGCUAUUGCUUGCUACGUGGGUAAGUGGAAUAAAGCUGAGGUCUAUUCUGCUAUGGCUGUUGAGACUUGCUGAAAUGUAAAUGAUAACCAAUUUCAGAUUUGAAUACAUGAUUUACAGAGGCAUUUUAAUCACUACCAUGCUUCCUAAUAUUUUUCAUUUUUAUUCUAGAAACCCUGCAAAAAGUUAACUGUAUUCUUUUUCUUACUGAGAAAGUGAAACUUUUGAACUUUUAGGAUGACACAAAAUAUAUAUCUAGGGCUCUUGACUUUUUUAAUGACUUCCUAUUUCUAAUGGUAACCAUUAGAAUCUACAGAAUAUCAUAUGUCUGAAUUUGUACUCCGUGUCUGCCAAUGCAAUACAUACCGUAAGACAUAUGUUUGAAUAAACAAAGUGACAUUUGAUCAUGCUUACAUGCUUAAAUUUAGC